AUGAGUGAGUCCAUGGCGGAUGCACACUCAGCCACCCCUCAACCUGGCUCCGACGAAUGCGCAGUCGUCACCACAGCCGUUCCAUCUACUAGUCCGGCGGACGAGAAAACGGACAGUCGUUGCGGCGUAAACAAGCUUGCCAGCCUUGGACGACAGUUAAGGUCAAUGAAGGUACGGGCGACGACCACCAACGUCUCAACGCCGGCCCCCGAUGUAGAUUGAGUACUUCCCGUCACCCUCCCUCCCCCCCCCGUCCGCCACAGUCCCUGUGUGCAUGCGCUGGUGACCACUAAAGCUGAUCCACCGCCCCCCCCUUCAUCCGGCGAGAAGACGCUCUAGGACUCCCUCCCUGGCCCUUCCUCCCUGCCGCCUUGACUUCGUAUGUAUGAACAAAACCCGUCUCAACAUGAUUGUCGCCCACCUAUAAAUACUGUGAGGCGCGAUACCACACUCAACUCCGACGAUGGAAGCUUGUAUGCUUUUGAAACGUCAGGACAGUAAAACUAUGGUUCCCGAGAUCGCCUUUUCUUCUGAUAUAUAUAUGUAUAUAUUCAAUCAGGAAAGGGUGCACACCGAUCUAUUUGCUUCACGAAGCAAACAAGCUCCGUAUGGGUGACAAAGGUCACGAACAGGCAACCAAUUACCAGGUCGAAGUCGGCCGUCAUAAUAGCAGCACGGAUGUACGACAGAGAAUGCGGGUAAAUUGAUACAGUACUGUUUCGGGCUUAUUGUGCCUUUAUUCAUCCAAUCAUAGCCCUGACCACCAGCACCUGGGACCAGAAACACAAACCCGCGCACAGACGACCUGGCGCAGUUGAUCCACCACUGGGGUCCACCAGAUGGUUAGCAAGCAUUUCAUCGAACCGAAGUCCAUCAAUGCCUCGCCACCUGUCAUUCUCUGUCGCUGCAGAUCGGGUAUUUAUUCAAUCAGAAAAGGGCUCACACCGAUCUAUGGCUUCACGAAGCAAACAAGCUCCGUAUGGGUGGCAGUUGGUGACCUGGUAAUUGGUUGCCUGUUCGUGACCUUUGCCACCCAUUCGGAGCUUGCCAGAUCGAAGCUCAGAAGCCCCGAUGACAGCAGAUCUCUCGCCCUCAAUGACCCCUGUUUCACAUGUGCGUAAGGUCUUCUGAAGGUGCAGGAGACAGAUGCGCCGCUGUGAAUCAUAGUGCCAAGUGGUUAUACAGACACUUAAAAUACAUCACUAAUGGAUCGCAAUAUAGCAUCGAAAAUUCUCAGCCGUUCCUACAAAACAUCCAAGGUCUUGAAGUAAGUCCAGACGAAUGCAUCCUAUCGUUCGAAGUUGCUGCCAUGUUUUGUUUAAUACCGCAUGAGCUAACAAUAGCUAGCGUAGCCCGAUGUCUAGAGCAAAGUCCCAUUGCCAUUCCAAAACAGCGCGGAAAGUCAUUAGCAAGAACGGUGUCCCAUAGGGUUGUAUUCACCGCAGCUUCUCGAUUUGUGUGCUGCAGAGUGUGUUGAUGCAGCGAAAAAUCGUUCGCACGCAACUGCGUUCAUGUGACAGGGGCUGGUUGCUGUUUUAGUGGAAAAUUUUCUCUUUGUUUGUCAAUUUUCGAAAGACACCAGUCUGGAGAAUUCCGUCUUCUUUCCUCUUUACCUGAACGUGGAGGAAAGGGAGCACUCCGUCUUUUUCUUCCUCCAUGAUAUACUGAAUUGAUGGUAAGACCUAGUUCAAUUCCCUUUUAAAGUUGUCUUUCGCGUCUCGGCGUAAGAUGACAAAGGUGUCGUCCACGUAGCGCAUCCAGAACAUCGGCUUGUAGGACUGAAAUGCUGGAGCUUCCAGUUCCCGCAUGACCGCCUCAGUCAGUUAGCCGGAAAUCGGGGACCCAUUGGGGUUCCUUGGAUUUGCUCGUAAAUUUGACCACCAAAAGUGAAGUAUGUGCGUAGGCAGUAGUCUAAUAGUUCCAUCAGGUGCUUCCUCUGAAACGGGUUUCCAUAUUUGUCCAUAUUUGUCCAGUAGGUCAUUGAUGAUUGGUGAGUCAUUUAGCCAGUCCGUAGGUAGGCGUGCCUUUCAGCGGCACAAUGGGUCGUACGGGAACGUUUGGCUUGUGGAAUUUCGGCAACAAUGGAAACGUGCUUGGGCAGGACCAUGCUGAUUCAUCUGUCUACAAAUAUUUUCGGAUAUUACCUCUCGGAUCCUAAACUGGUACAGGAAUUGGGAGUUAUUUUCCAAAGACAAAUGUUCCCUACGACCCAUUGUGUCGCUGAAAGGCACGCCUACCUACAAACUGGCUAAAUGGCUCGCCAAACAUUUAAAGAGGCUGACGGACGGCUCAGAACACACAGCCGUAUCCUCAACACACUUCCUGGAAAAACUCAAAAGCGUUAUAAUAGCUCCCGACGAGGUAAUGGUAUCCUUUGACGUUGUCUCUCUAAUUACCUAAAUCCCAAAAGCAUUACCCAAGCAUGUGAUGAAUGACCCACUGUAGAGAAAGUACGACGAAUAGGGGAACCCGUUUAAGAGGAAGCACCUGAUGGAACUAUUAGACUACUGCCUACGCACAUACUUCACUUUUGAUGGUCAAAUUUACGAGCAAAUCCAAGGAACCCCAAUGAGUCCCCGAUUUCCGGCUAACUGGCUGAGGCUGCCAUGCAGGAACUGGAAGCUCGAGUCUUUCAGUCCUACAAGCCGACGACACUUUUGUCAUCUUACGCCGAGACGCGAAAGACAACUUUAAAAGGGAAUUGAACUAGGUCUUACCAUCAAUUCAGUAUAUCAUGGAGGAAGAAAAAGACGGAGUGCUCCCUUUCCUCCACGUUCAGGUAAAGAGGAAAGAAGACGGAAUUCUCCAGACUGGUGUCUUUCGAAAAUUGACAAACAAAGAGAAAAUUUUCCACUAAAACAGCAACCAGCCCCUGUCGCAUAAACGCAGUUGCAUGCGAACGCUUUUUCGCCGCAUCAACACACACUGCAGCACACAAGUCGAGAAGCUGAGGGCGCGUGAAACCCUAUGGCACCUCUUCCUUGCCAAUGGAUAUCCGCGCGGUUUGGUGAACAAAUGCGCAUACCAAAGACAUAAGAGGGCCGAUCGUGAUAACACGCAAAGAUCUGAAAUCUUUCACAUUCUGCCUUACUUUAGAAACGUCUCCGAAGCUACUGAGCGCAUGCUAAGGCCACUAAGCGUGGACGUUGGUCACCGACUGGAGGCCACCAUCAGCGGCUUACUCAUGCAACCCAAGGGCCGGCUACCACCUGCAGACAACUCAGGCGUCAUUUACCUCGUCAGUUGUCUGGACUGUCUGACCAACUACUGCGGCAUGACGGACAAACGACUCCGCACGCGCGAGCAUGAGCACGCCUUAGCCGUAAAGCGAAAGGAUGUACGCUCGCACGUCGCCAUGCACAGUCUAGAAAAUAAUCAGGUGUUCGACUUUGACGGUGUCUAAGUGCUCGGCCUAGCCGAAAGCACGCUGGCGAGAGAAGUAAUCGAAGCCUGGCAAUCAGACGCCAACUCGAUCAACCGCAGUAUUGACCUACCUGCGCCAUACGAGUCCAUCAGGCAUCACUUGCGCGCGAGAUGAGGGCCAAUACGAGGAGAACAGGAUCGACCUAUCAGGCGCGAGCACGAAUGGCCUAAUUAAACCAUUUUUUAUCUCAUUUGGCCUGUCUCCGGGGAUGUGCUCGUGUAUGAGUAGAAAACGUCAGACGAAUAAACCUUCCUCAGAGACCGCCUCAUCUUGCUCUUCCAUCUUAAAACCUGCAGUCAGAAUUGUCGCCUAUAUCCAUGAGACUUCGGGCGCGAAGCGCUUCGCCGAGCACGGCAAUGGGAGUUAUUUUUCUGUCGACAGGGAGGUACACGGGAACAGUAGGCCUUUGUGCACAUCCGUCUGAGUUCGGGCAUUAUCUCGAUGUGCAUUUCUGUAAGACCACCAGCCAGCACUGACUACGGCCGCGAGGUCGCUAGGAGAUGCAGCCGACGCCUACUAAGGACUCUCACCAACGAAUGUCACAUUCGUCUGCGCAAAUACGGCAGGGAAAUCGAAAGGGAGAAAGCAGCAUGUGCAGCAUACCUGGACGAGCAAACAAUACGAAACCUGGAGAUACGGAUCUUGAUUCAGGUGAACGAGGAGCGAGACAAGAAGACCCAACUCCUCAACAAAAUGUGCAACGCAAAACAAGCACACGCACCCGUGCGCGGACCGUCAGCCGUCCACAACCUGUCAUCCAAACAGCUGACAGACUACCCAAAUUCAAGUGCUUCAACAUGAAUCCGGCUACAACGCAGGAGACGCACAGCCAGUAGAUUUUAUCGCUACACUAGAAGUGACACUCUCAAAAACGGACGCCGCAGAAGACUACAAGAACGCGAUUUGCCAGCGACCCCGAAAAAGUCAAUUAAUUUUUCUUUGCGUUUGUAGAACACCGUAGGUGUCAGACAGAGAGCGAUCACGUGAACAUGAAGCAAAGUGAAUCAUCAACUUGCUGGGGAUGGUACAUCACCUACAGGAGAGGGGUUUAAUCCAAUUGAAAACAAUGUGCCAUUGCAAAUAAAGUCACAGUUGACUCCAAGGCAUUGAAGUGCAUUUUGAUGAAAAUGUAACGGUAAGCAUUAAGUGUUUGCCCGUCGUGCAAACUACGGACCACUGCCUAUGAUAUUUACCUAAACAGGUGUUGUUCUGCAGAGUUUCUGAUCAGCCCUUUGCUAGCAGGAGGACAUUCGCUAACUGUUACGCCUGCACUGCUGAAAUGUAUAUAUGGGUCCGUUGUUUUGCACACAGAACAUGACUAACGCUGACGCAGUAGUUUCUAAUAAUGUAAUCACUGAUUAUAAACUAAGUCCUGGGAAUUUUAGGUUCUCGGGUGCACGUACACACCUUUAAUCGACGACCAGGGUAGUAGCAGGGAAGAAAGCGGUUAGCGCAGAAGGUUAGGGAUACGAGAGCGGUAAAUGACAUGGCGAAGUCUGGAGCCUCCGUAGGCGCUUCUGCUGCGAUUUGACGUCCUCGGAAUACGAGGUAGGAGAAAACGACAAGUGUGCGGCAGUCAAGCCAACAAAAGGCCUUCGGACGUGUUAUGAUAAUAAUGCGCAGUCGGUGAGCGGAAGGCGUUUUGCAUGGUAACGCCCCAGACAAGAGUAAAUGACUGAGCCACAGUCAACACAGUGGAAAGCACGCGGUAGAAGUGCUGACGGAGGAGCGCAGUCGGAGGUCGACCUCUUCAGCCCAAGGAAAGCAAGGAAGGUACUCUGCCGCGUGUCAGGAAGAGGAGGCGGUCAUAAAGCAAGCGACUAAAUGUGUGGGCCUAGACAAAAUGAAUUGACAAAGGAAUUCGAAUCUUAUUCACUGCAAGCCGCAAAAUGCUUGGACUGUCACAAUCCCAAGCCCCAGGAUGGUACUGGACUGAUGUCAACUGCGCAAUCGUCCCGGUUUAUGGAGGAUGUCCACUGCGUAUGGCAUUCUAAAUUCUACAUGGUGCGCAUAGCGACGGCGAACUACCAGUACAGAGAACGAGGUGGUUAACACGACGAUCGUGUAAAGGAGGUACAGUGACUCCUUCGAAAACAGAGAUGGUAAAAUGCUGGCGUAGUUCCCCAAGUAAAGGCCUCAAAGUACGCAUGGACACGGGUAUUUCACCAUAAACUGCAAAAAAAUAUCGUCUGCUACGUGAUGCACUGCGUUGUAGGUGGGGAAUUUUAUAAGGAUGACGAUGAAGACUGUUAGCGAUGCAAAUGAAUACUCCGGCUUGGGUCUGGAAGCCGAAAGACAGCGAGAACGGAGAGGAAUGGGCGCAGAGCCGGAGGGCAGUAGGAGGUGCAAGGUAUGCGCAGUGGUCGGUCAAGCGUAGGGUGGAGGCAUAGUGAAAUGUUGAAUAAAACAAUAAAAAGAGAUCGGCAUGGCGAAGAGAAGGCGGUGAAUGUGUAGGGAGGGGAUAAGGAAGAAUGAUGACGACCUAUUGAAGACGCUUAUAUAAGGAAGCAAAUUAACCCUGUGAAAAGACUAGUAGCUAGUAACCGCUGUGAGCGAAAGUCGUGCCAGGGAGGCGCCAUCGUUAGCUCCGGUGGAAGUUAUUAUGGCAGUAGAUGCAUGAGAAAGCAAUAGGGCGAUCUGGAACACGUACUGCGGAAGAGGAGGGGAAGCACGCCUAUGGAUGAACAUUGCCAAUGACGACAGGGUAUCGGACUUUGAUUUGGCUCACCGUCGAAUACCACUCGACAGGGGGCCAUGGAUGGUAAUAUAGGUAACUAAACAGGAAUGCGACCACUUGAGGGUAAUAUAAGACGAACAAUCAUGGUAAGUGUCGCUGUCGUCGUCAUUCUUAUCAUGAAAAGUGUACACUCCGCCACCGCAUCCGGCAAACCAAUUUUUGUAUGCGUGCCGAGAUCAAGGCCGAGAAGUAAGUGGAUCAAGUAGGCAAGGAAGUGAUACAUGUGUGUGCGUAUGUGUAAGGGGUGUCCAGCGGUAGGUUCACGUGAUGGUCGUAGUGGUCGCUCACUUGCAUGCAGGUGAGACUACGCCUAGCGUCCAUUCGCUGACAACUAACUCUCACCUGUGGCUCCACGUAGCUGGGCUCUGCUCAGCGGCCCAGGUGACCUCGACCGGCGGACUAAACCAGGUGAGGAUAUCCGUGCGCGUACCUGCUCACACGGUAUUUUGGUCUCCGCUGGCCGGAUGGAUCUUCGCGUCGACAUCGUCGAGACGAAGCUCUGACUGGACCAUCGCAGAAGGCCACCAGGUAAAUGAAUCCUCAGGUAAGCGAACUUUGCUCUGUUUCCUUCCUUAAUUGCCUUCUUACUUGUCUGUUCAGAUUCCGCGCCGUCCGCUGCUCUUGUAGCCUAUUCUGUAUCUGUUAGUUUGUGCAUCUCUCUCCUAAUUGCUAGCUGUUACUCUGCUUGAUUUCGAAUGCUGCCCCUCCUUACUUGACUCACUUGCCUUCUUAUCUGCCAGUUACUUCCCGUGCCGUCUGCUGCCUGUUCUGCAUUUGUAAGCCUGUGGCUCUCUCUUCUAAUAGCUAGGAGUCAAUGUACUUGACUUUGAAUACUGCCCUGUCACUUUUGUCUCUGACUGAUGAUUACGUCUGAUUCUCCAUCCUAGGUGUAAGUUCUAUGGCGUUCUAUUGUGUGCAUGAACUCUCCUACUGAGUUCCACCCCAUCAGCACUAAGGUCCCAGACUAAUUCGAGUCGUUCUCUCCCAAACAAAAAGUCGUGGCCUAAUAAUGGAGUUCGGAAGCCGUCCGGGAUAGCCGGGCAGCCCAAUUUAGGGGGUGCGCUGCCAGCCCUCUCGAGGGAGAUAGGGGUAGAAAACGUGCCCUAAAAUUGCUGGGACACACGCUGUCUGUAAGUUGGCCGUUGCCGCAGACAAAACAAACACGGUCGAAACAGCCAAAACCGAAACAAAAACAACUACAAUCUCUCUCUUCCUCGUCCAGCUAAUUCUACUUCUUCCCCUCCUCCUAGUUUUCGCCGCCGCAAUCGCCAGACUGGCAGGAUGAGUCCCCUCACUCUAGCAGCCUGGAAUGCCCAACUGCCCCAACGACGGCCGUACUGGCGGCUGUCACGCACGACAAUACCACGCAUAUCUCCGAUACCACAACCGAUAGCACGUCUAAAGCCUCCGACUCCAGGGGUGAGGACCAGGAGUACAGUGCGUGA